AUGGCCCCGUACUCAAUUCUCCACCUCUCCACGGCGGCGGUGCUUCUCGCCGGCCGGGCCGUGGCCGAUAUCAGUUGCCUCGUCGACGGCGAAAUCAAUGGCGGAUGGGACCUGACCAACAGUUCCUUUUCCAUUGGCGUCAUCUCCUUGGACCAGCCGGAUCCGGCCACCCCUCUGUGGGAGUUCCACCAUCUGUCCCCGGGUAACGUGAGGGGGACGAAGAAUAUCGACAAAGACUCGCAGAGCUUCUUCCCGCGCUCGAAGGCGGAAGGAUCAGCUGGGGCGACAUCACCCUGCGCGACUUGGGGAACCACAUGGCGGGAAUCCCCCAACUAUGGAUUCUCCGAGUACUACUACCUCAAGGAUGUUUUUGAAUUGCUCGGGUUCCCUCAUCUGGAGGACGAGGAUUAUCCCAGUUGCGGAGUUACCGCCUUGAAUGGCGGGUGCGAUGGCGAAGGAACGCAAAAGGGUUUGGUCGACUCCUAUCCGGUCUCGGCAGUUUCCAAGACGCCCGUCUACUCCAACGUCGCCUUCACGCUCAUCGCCCUCGCGCUCGAAGAAGCGACUGGCAAGAACUAUACCGUGUUGUUGGAAGAGCUCGUUGCCGAACCUCUCGGUCUUACGAGCACGCGCGAGAGCCCUGGCGACGACGAUCUUGCCGUGAUCCCUCCCAACGAGAAUAGUUGGGGAAGCGACUAUUCCAUCAAUGCGCCCGCCGGCGGCCUCGUGUCAACCAUCUCCGACCUGUCGGCCUACGCCCACGGCAUUCUCUCCCGCUCCGACAAGAUCCUCCCCAGCGAGGCCGCGAUCCGCAACUGGCUCAAACCAAACUCGGCAACGGGUUCGCUGCACUCCCUCGUCGGGUUACCGUGGGAGAUUUUCCGCACGGCCAAUCUCACCCCAGCGCACCCCAAGGUGAUUGACAUCUACGCCAAGGGCGGCGGCGCGUACAACUACCGCUCGCAGUUCGCCCUCCUCGACGACUACGGUGUGGCCGUCGUCGUCCUCACGGCGGGGUCCUCCAGGGCCGUGACGCCCAUCUACGACCACCUGCUCACGGCGCUGGUGCCGGCGCUGGACGACGCCGCGCGGGAGCAAGCGGAGGCGCGGUACGCGGGCGAAUUCGUGGGCGACGACAGCGGGGUCGUCGUCAACGCCACCCUCGUGCUGGACGAGGACUCGAUCCUGCUCACGUCGCUCGCGCGCAACGGGUCCGACAUCCUCGCGGGGUUUCAGCAGAUCUUUAGCACGGCCUUUGGCGAGAUUGUCGGGCUCGAGGUGGACGUUCCGCGGUUGUACCCCAUCGAUGUCGAGGCGCCCGGCGAGUUGGAGAUUGAGGGCGAGACGAGGGCGGUGGUGUACGAGGACUGGCGCCUGACGUGGAGUGACUUUAAGAGUGUCGAGUCGUCGGACCUGGCGGGCUCUGGGUUGAGUACCCAGGAUUGUCUGUCGUGGACGCUGGUGGAUUGGAUUCACUACGGCAAGGAGCCCAUGGAUAGGUUUGUUUUCGUCAAGGAUGCGGAGACGAACGAGGUUUUGGGGUUCGAGGUGCCUUUUCUCAGGUCGGGCCUCCUAAGAGUGGCGGCCAGCGCUGAGGAGUAUUGA